GCAGAGCGCACAGGUAAGCAUACUUAGUAUUCAGGUGAAAGUUCUCUGUGUAUAUUUUUAUUUUAUUGACUAUAGUAGUCUUAGCGGUCAAGAUCAUUGGUUAACACCGUGUUAGUUUUCUAUAUGUGGGCAUAGUAUUUGUGUUUGUCAUUUAUAUUUUUUCUAAACAUGGUUAUUUUUGGACUGGACCUAAGUCACCCAAUAUUACAAGCUAUCUUAUCUCUGUUGAUUGUCGGAUUCUUAACCGUCGUCUCUUUAUUGAAAUUUUACGCCUACGUAACUUGUGGAUUUUUCCACGAAAAAGUGAGAAUGGAUGGGAAAACUGUUCUUAUUACUGGAGCUACGGGUGGAAUUGGAAAAGAGACAGCGAGAGAAAUAGCCAAAAGAGGUGCAAGAGUAAUUAUCGCAUGUCGAAACGUGGAAUCAGGUAUCAAGGUCAGAGACGAAUUAAUAGAGAAUACUAAAAAUGAAAAUAUUAUUGUCAAAAAAUUGGAGCUAUCAUCUCAAAAAUCUAUUAGAGAAUUUGCUGAAGACAUUAACAAAACAGAAGCCAAAUUGGAUGUUCUUAUCCAUAAUGCGGGUACAGCAGAAAGUUCUUUCAAGAAGAGUGUAGAUGGUAUUGAACUAACGAUGGCAACUAAUCAUUUUGGUCCCUUCUUAUUGACCCAUCUAUUGAUAGAUCUUCUCAAACGUUCAUCUCCAUCAAGAAUAGUUGUUGUAGCUUCUGAACUAUACAGGCUAGCUUCACUCAAUCUCAACAAUCUGAACCCAAGUAGUUCAUGGUGUCCACCUUACUAUUACUACGUUUCUAAGUAUGCCAACAUAUGUUUUACCUUGGAAUUGGCCAGGCGGUUAGAAGGAACUGGAAUAACAGUGAAUUGUCUACACCCAGGAAUGAUAGAUUCUGGUAUUUGGAGAAAUGUACCCAUUCCAUUCAGUUGUUGCUUACAAUUGAUUAUUAAAGGAUUUUUCAAGACGCCAAAGCAAGGUUGUCAAACAUCUGUAUUUUUGGCUUGUUCUGAAGAAGUGAAACACGUGACUGGAAGAUAUUUCAGGGAUUGUUCUGAAAAACAAUUGAGUUCGGGAGCCAAAGAUGUAGCGAAAGCGAAAAAAUUAUGGGAAUUAUCUGAGAAGUUUGUUAAUUUAACAGACACUGAUCCAAAAAUUUAAUUCAAAUAAAUAUAAUUAUAGAAUUUGAAAACAAAUGUAUAAGUUUAAAUAAGAAUAAUUAUAAUAAUGCAACAAAAUAUUGUGGAUAAUUUUGGUAACAAUAAAAGACAUUAAAUAUUUAUGUAAACGAUUCACUGCAGAAGAAUGAAGAAAAUAUUGAAAAUAUAAACUCCAAUUCUUGUGCAAAGAAUCAUGAAUAUAUUCUUCGAUUAAAAACAUGUAUAAAAUACUCAAUUCAGAUUGAGCUAAAUAAACGUUUCAAUGUACAAAAUA